AUGGCGUCUUCCGCCAGAAACGCCAGCGGAGCCAGCGGUCCAAGACGAGCGGUGUCGUCCGUCGCGGCGUGCGCUUCCUCCCCCAGUGGCCCUAGGACAGCGGCGGGAGCAAUGGCACCCCCAUCGUCGUCAUCGUCGUCGCUCCUGGCCCCCGCUGCCGCCGCCUACACGGGAAUGGCGAACGGCCAAGGCGGCGGUGGCGCCGGCGCCACAAGGGUUGACGCCGUUGUUGUCGGGGCUGGACAGGCAGGGCUCAGCGUGGCCUACCACCUACAGAGGGCCGGGGGACUGCGGGUUGUGACCCUGGAUGCCAAUCAGGAGGCCGGAGGAGCUUGGAGACACCGUUGGCCUUCGCUGGAGUUGUUCUCGACACGAAAGUGGAGCUCGCUGCCCGGAUAUCCCAUGUUCGCGAACGGGGCUUGCGAGGACGGGUACCCCUCGACGGGAGAGAUGGCCAUGUACAUGGAGGAGUACGAAUCUGUCAUGAAGCUCAACGUAGUGCGUCCGGUCAAUGUCACGGGAGUCUCGAGGACGCCGAUGGGCACGUUUCUCGUGGAGACGGACUGCUUGCUGGGCGGCACGGUCGCUCGCUGGGAGGCCCGCACGGUGAUCAGCGCGGCCGGUACUCACGCGUCCCCGGUGUGGCCACGCCUCCCCGGGUGGGAAACCUUCCGCGGCACCCAGAUCCACAGCAGCCAGUACCGCUUCGCCGACGACUUCAGGGGGAAGAAGGUGGCCGUUGUCGGCUCCGGGAACAGCGGCGCCCAGAUCUUGGCUGAGGUGUCCGCGCCUGGGGUGGCGUCGUCGACGCUGUGGUCGACGCUGACGGCGCCGUCGUUCUUGCCGAUGGGGCUCUCGGGCAAGGAGAUUUUCGACACGGUUGCUCGGCUGAGGCAAAAGCAAGGCUUCGUGCGAGAGGAAGACAUCCCCUCCCUUCACAGCAUCAUCAUGCAGCCGGGCGUGAUAGAGGCGGCAGAGCGAGGAGUCUACGACCAGCGCGUCCCCAAGCUCGCGCGCCUCACGCCCACGGGGGUCGCGUGGGAGGCGUCCGAAGACGGGAGCAUUCCGGGCGGGCACGCAGACGUAGACGCCAUAAUCUGGUGCACUGGUUACCGGUCGAACACGUCGCACCUGUCGCGGCUCGGGCUCGUCCGCCCGAACUCUACGGUAGGCAUGGACGGGAGGGAGAUGGGGGAGACCGAGGUCCCAGGAGUGUUCGCUGUGGGGUACGGCAACUGGGCCGGGGUUGGCUCGGGCUCCAUCCCCGGGUCGACGGUCUACGCCAAGCGGGCGGCCGCGGCCGCCGUCCACCAUCUCCUCGGCGGCAACUCUUACGACUCCUCGAGAGUGGCGGUCGAAGCCGCCAGCACCGGGGCGUUCUCGCCGUCGCCUUCGCCAUCGCUGUGGGGGGGCAGCGGUGGUGGUCCAUCCAGCGGCAGCAGCGGCAGCGGUAGCAGGUGUUGGCCCUCGGAGGGUCGCGCUUCGGUCCGCGCGUCCGCGCCCACUGCCACCCUGUCUGGCGCCCCGCCUCCCGUGUUCGACGGCCGGGUGGAGGAGGACAAGCGGGUAUCCGUUGCGGCGUAAGGUUUGCUGUCGUUUUGUCCGUGACCUUUCCGGAGGAAAUGACGGCGAACCCUAACCGUGCUCGAGUCGAAACAGGUAGAUAGUAGAUAGGGUGUGGAAAAACGAGUUGGGGACGAGGGAAGGGAAGGGCUUCCGUUCCACAUGUAGUUAAGUGGUAAAUUUUGGAUUCAUGCGGUGCCGCACAUGUAGAUUUGACUUGGGAGUAUCUCGGGGGUGCUCGAGGGCUCUUGCGUACACAGUUUGAUGGUUCAAGGCCAUGGAUUGGUUGAUUUGCUAUUGCGGGCGCUGUUGUCUAUUUGCCCCCCCGACCGGGGUAUGUGCUUUUGGGUCAUAUAUCCGUCCGAGAGACUGAAGAAAGGGGGCAAUACAGAGCGUACACGCAUAUAUCCCAUCCACUCGGUAUUGGGAAUAUAACAUAUCUGCGUGGGCAACGAGUUCUCAAGGAGACAGCACGUUUGUGUUUUCUCUCUUUCUUCUCUGUUGGGAGUGAAGAAAUUCUAUUUUUGAACGGCCGGGAGUUGUGUGGUUUGCCAAUGUAUGAUGGUGGUGCACCUGGAAGGGGAUCGGAAGUGGCGCCCGUUUUUCAUGAGGUGUAUUUGUAUUUUUCGACGGGUGCCUCUUGAAGAUUUUUGCUAGGACGCAUGCCUCCUCGUUGAGUAUCACUUGGGGAAUGAUGGUAGGGAACUUGUUUUCCUGCCGGGUGUGAAUUG